CUUUGAAAUAUACGAAACGUAAAUAUUUCGAAUGUCGUUUAUCUCACAUGUUAUUUUUUCAUAUAUCUUCUAGACCCGUACGAUAAAUGUUUAGUUAUAAAAAUGCGCCGUUUGAUUACAAUAACGAAUAAUAAAUGACUCGAACAUUACAUUUUCCAACGAUCUCAAAACCCGCAUGCAAAUUGCCAGUCACAAGCCAUGUUUUCUGCUUUCAGAUCCUCUGUUGAUCAAUCAGUGAACUAAAUUGUUGUUAAAUAAUAAAUAAUCGCACAUGAGAUAUUUCUCUCCAUACAUUACUUUGUAUAACCAAUAAAAUUAUAAUUUAUUACAAAUAUUUUAUAUUAUUGAAUAAAAAGAGCUUCACAUUGUGAAAUUACAGGAUGAUAACAUUAUGGAGACUAAUGCAAAUAAAAGAUUACAAAUAUUUACAUCAAGGACUAACAAAAAUAAGGGCGAAAAUUCAGAAAAGCAAUACCCGAGGUAUGAAAGUUGAUUAUAUGAAUCCAAAAGAAAUAUCAGAAAAAGCCGAAAAAUCAUUACGUUUGCGAGAUCAAGUAUCAAAGGAUUACACACUUAUUUAUAAAACAUCAAUUAAAACAUCUAUAUAUCUUUGUUAUCAUGGGACCUAUAUGAUUAUUGCCUCAUGUUUAUAUGGCUUGUACCACACGAUUUUUCGUCAUGAGGAAAUUGAAUUUCUAAAGUCUAGCGAAUCUGAAGGAACAAUGGGCAGUUUCACUAUUUACGAUCAAUCUGAAGUAAUUUUAUCCUACUCAGGAUUGAUAUUACUAAAUGGAUUUUUGUUCCUAAUUUGCCGUCGACAUGUCCUCAGAAUCUGGCGUUACAACAAGGAUAAUGACUGUAUAUUAAUAUUACCAACAUUUUUCCCCAACCAAUGUAGAAAAGUAGUCUUCAAAGCUGGUACUGCUUCACAGAAGUAUCCAAGAGCUGUAAAUGAUAUCACACGUGCACCUCAUGUUAUUAACGGCAAAACUUACCAUAUAAAUGACUACAAUUUCCGAAGGCCAGCUGAUUACAAUAAAGUAAUGUUUAAUUUCAAAAAUUAAAAUUUUAUACUUAAAAUUAUAUUUUAUUAUUCUUAACUGUUAUAAUAAAUUACAUUAAUUUA